CUGGCCCUUGCUAAGCAUUUGUGCUGAAGACAGGUUAUUAUGAGACUUGUGCCAUUCCCCCACCGCUUUGUCUCAUCACAGAACCUGAAACAGGAAAGUGCAACCACCUGCCUCAAAGCUUUGCUCUGCCACCAAGACACAGUAUGGAAGCCAUCGCCAAGUUUGAUUUCACUGCUUCUGGAGAAGACGAGUUGAGUUUCCAAGCUGGGGAUAUGCUGAAGGUUUUGAGCUCCCAGGAAGAGUGGUACAAGGCUGAGCUCAGAAGUCAAGAAGGCUACGUUCCUAAGAACUUCAUUGAUUUUCAUGUUCCCCCCUGGUUUGAUGAGAGGAUAUCCCGCCAUGAAGCAGAGAACCUUCUCAUGAGCAAAGGAGUUGGCUCCUUCAUCGUCCGUGCCAGUCAGAAUUCUCAUGGUGACUUUUCCAUCUCUGUCAGGCAUGAAGAUGAUGUGCAACACUUCAAAGUGAUGAGGGAUUCAAAGGGUAACUAUUACUUGUGGACAGAGAAAUUCCACUCGCUAAACAAGCUCGUGGACUAUUACAAGACAAAUUCCAUCUCCAGGCAGAAACAGAUAUUCCUAAGGGACAACAGUCAAGAAGAGAAGGAGAGGCGUGGUGGGAGCCUGGAACGGAUGGGCCGGGAAGGAUUCCACCUAAGUGGAGCAGCUGGAGAAGAUCAUUCUUCUAUAUCCAAGAGAUAUGUCGAGCAUGCUAUCCCCAUACUGCAGCAGCAACAGGAAAGAUAUGGUGGGAGUCUGGACAGGAAAGAUGUGCUGCAUGGACUAAGGGAUCAUGGCCAAGGAAAUGCAGGAGCUAUGCAACGGAGACACACAGACCCACUGCACCAGCAGACACCGCGAACGCUAUGGGUCCGUGCCUUGUAUGACUUUGAUGCUGUGGAGCAUGAUGAGCUGGGCUUCCGUAGUGGAGACAUCUUAGAGGUCCUGGACAGCUCCAACCCUUCAUGGUGGAAAGGACGUCUGCGUGGGGAACUGGGUCUCUUCCCUGCCAACUAUGUCACACCAGUGCUCCUGUGAGGGCACAGUUUGCCCCAGAGGGCCAAGCUGGAGCUGCUCUUCUGACAUGACAAGGGACAGAGAAGGAGUGCAUCUUCCCUGGCCACCAGGACGUACAUGGGUUUUGGUUUUGUCUUAAUUUAUUGGCAAUUUAUUUUUUUAAAUGUUGGUAUGAAAGGGAAACCUUUGAAGAAAAUAUUAUUUUUUUCCUCCUAUUUUUCACCUUCAUGAAGGGGAGGAGCAAAAAUCCUGAACUGUUAAUUGAGACCUUGCUGGAUCCUCCCUGCCCUGUCACCUCUUUGGCUAACGAUUGAUAACUUCCUGCAAUUAGGUUUGUUCUGUGGAAAAGCCCCUCAGAGAAGUCAGACUUCAGGUUCAGUAUUCAGAUGGUCCUACCCCUUCCUUUUGGAAUUCACCCACAAGAAUUAAAUGAUCAUUGGUAAUCACAUUAAUCCUUCAAGUAGGAAAGGAAAGUGAAGGGGCUUUAGGCUGAGGUUCAAGGCAAUUUGUAUUUUUCUAAAUAGCUUCUGGCUUACCCAUCUCCUACUGUGUGUAUGGACUAUAUGGAUAUACCAGAUGAAGGGAAAGGAUCUUGUAAGCUUUUGUACAAAAAAAACAGUGGUGAAGGUAUGGGAGGGCAAGAACCUACUUUCUUUGCUGCUUGUGAUAGUCUUGGUCUUCUUUCUGCACCCUAUAACAACUUACGCCAUUUCAAGCUGCUCUCUUAGGUGUCUACACCUCUGCUAGAUAGCCUGGUUAGAGCAGAUCAGGCCAUUCAGCUAAAUUAGUAUCCAUUGGAUUGGAUAACAAUUAAUAUCCCCCACUGGUUCAUUUUGUAAAACUGAACUAGGGAGAGGUUGGAGAGAAGAGGUUUUACUGGUUUGGUGGCAGAAGUUCUUUCCCUGAGAACUUGGGGUGUUGAGGAGCACUGUGUACACAACUCUGCCUUACCAGUGGAAUGUCUCAUCCAACAGGUUAAGCUGUUACUUUACCGUAUGCAGAGAAUAAAGCUGUGGCCAUCAAACAGUCUGUUCUAUGUUCCAGUUUAUUUUGGAUAAAAUAAGAUAAAUGAAUAGGUUUUCAAAUCAUUGCUGAGUGAAUGCCCAGAUGUGAUAGAAAUAUACUGCAAAUGCACAUUAAAAAUGAACCAAGCCCUGUGAAGGAUACGCUAUUCAUAACUACUGCUCAGGCAAGUUGAUAUUAAACAAGCUGCCUGAAUGUUUCACAACAUGUGGGACCUCAGCAGUCAGCAUGGAAGUGAUGAUUAAUCAUUCUUGAAAAAGAAAGAGAAGGCAAGUGAAAAAUUCUAAAAACAAAUCAGACUCAGCAAUAAAAAAAAUGUACUUAUCUUUUUCUAGUCCCAGUGGGAGAAAAAUAAUCCAGGAAAUAGGUUCUUUAGGUAAAGUCCAAUUCAGUGUAGUUGGCCUGAACAAAGCUGCCAGCUAGACAGAGUAUUAGCAGAAAGAACCCAUUUUGAGAGAAUUCCACCAGAAUCAGAUUAUUAGUUGGUGAAGAAAAAUGAGAAUAUUUAACACAGCAUAUAAACUCUAAAGAGAAUAGAAAACUUCGAAAGACACAUUAAGAGCUUAUCUCCAUUGGCUACCAGAGAGGUCCAGGAAAUGGAGAGACACCAUGUUACUGCUGGCGCUGGACUUGGCCCUGUUCUCUUGCAGAAGCUCUGUUCUGGGCCCUUAGUGUCUUCUUUUGAAGGGAAGUCCAUGAGGCUUCUUUUGGAAUGAGAUACCUUGUUAUUUGUGUGAGGAUGUAACCUCAGUGAUUGCAUAGUUUGAAGAGUGUUUUGUUGUGAUUUGCCCUUUUUUUUACCUUUAUGUUUGUUAGUUUGAUUUUUGCUAAAGUAGUAACAAAUUUGAAAGAGAGAGGGUUAACAUUCAGUCAGAAAGACCAGGGGGAAGAUGGAUGCAAAGAAACCAGAGACUAGCAAAGGCAGAAGAGGGAUAAAAAUGAUGACUCUUUCAUAUUCAGCUCUGACUGAAACAGAAGAAAUGGUGUGUUCACAAUUAUUCCCGUCAUGUCAAAUCAUCUUUCAAUUAAUUCCUUUUUUUUAUUAGUUAUGUUUAAAAUUAGAAGCAAUGUCUCCUUUUCCUUUCCUCAGCACUCUAAAGACCCUCUUGGUAGUGAAGAUGUAGUUGCACAAAAUUAAUUGAAGAUAAUGCACUUAGCAGUUUGAUAGCUCUUCACACAUUUGAAACCCCUUUACAGAGAUUAACUAAUUAAGCAAGUCUAAGUAGUGCAUUGUAAGGACCCCCAUGUUAACUCAUGAUUCAUUUGAGGAAGAGGUAAAUUUUCACGUGAUUUUUUUUAAUUGAUGUUUAAGGAAUUAAUACUUAAGGUAAUUAGUAUUAAAGGGCUGCUCGCUAAUUAUGGACAACAUACCAGAACCAUAGUAAAAUCAUGAUUUCUCAUUAUGAGCAGCACCUAAUGACAGCAAAAUUACUAGGAGGCGAAAGUAUCAUGGCGUCUGUGAUAACUACACUAGUGCCAUGUUCUGUACUGCCUUGUGCAGUGGCCAAGCUUUGGUCUGCCAUACCCAGUCUCUGUUGCCUCUGCUGUUGUCCUUGCCUGAUCCCCAGAGCAGAGGCAGUGCUACCUUCAUUUACUGCACAUGCCAGUAGCUGGGAGGCACAGGCAUCAGACGGCAUUUUUGUACCCUCCCACACUAAAAGUUGUUUUCCUCCCAGCAAAACAACAGCACAAAGAACCUUGGCUAUUCCCAAGUCCGUGGAGACUCUGGAUACAAGGGGUGGCAAAGUGGGGAGUUUUGGGGGCAUAGAAGGUGCUGUAGCCACAGGAUAGAGGUUGUUUUCCAUGCCCCAUGCCAUUUUCUCCUUGUGAAAUUCUCUCUCCCAUAGAUUGGGCUACUUAAUACGCAGAGAGGGAGAGAGAGAAAGAGACACUCUCCUCCUCCACCCAUAUAUCCUGCCAACCUUCCAGCUCCUUCUUCCAACAGGUUUUAAUUGUAACAAUUUUUAAUAUUGUGGUGAUUCACUUACACCUGUGCUGUGAAAGCCUCAGAUUCUAUUGCCCAUGCAGAAGCACAUGUUAGCAACCUAAGACUGGAACCUAAAGGUGACAGUGUGGUGCACCAAGUUCACCUGACAUUUACCAAUGUUUUGGAAACCUCUAGAAAAUAUCCCAAGAAAGUUCACUGCAAAACUGAAAAGUGAAGGAAUAAAGAGGGAAUUUUGUUUGUUAUUUGUCUUAAGCAAGAAAGACAAUUCAUAAGAAAAGAGAUUGUAAACAGAGAUAAAAGUAGGAAAAGUAUGUGGGAAGGCAAACAUUAUUAUAACAAAUGAAACAGAGGAAGCUGGACUUGCAUACGGAAAAAUAAGUUUGAUGAGAACAGCUGAGCUGUGUCUGAAGUAAUUUUUUGCCUAUGUUCUGCUGCAGAUCCAUAUUUUGUCUAGAAAUGUCUCUGUGAUUAAUAAGGCUGAGCUAAAAACA